AUGCCGGGCACAGCAAGGCAUGACCGAGAGAUGGCAAUCCAGGCCAAAAGAAACCUGUCCAAAACCACCGACCCUGUAGAAAGACUUCGCCUGCGGUGUUUAGCAAGGGGAUCUGCAGGCAUCAAAGGACUUGGCAGAAUAUUUCAAAUUAUGGAUGACGACAACAGCAGGACCCUUGAUUUCAAAGAGUUUGUGAAAGGACUAAACGAUUACGCUUUGAUGAUAGACAAGGAAGAAGCACAAGAGAUUUUCCAGUUAUUUGAUAAAGAUGGCAAUGGAACAAUUGAUUUUGAUGAAUUUCUUGUUACACUGAGACCUCCCAUGUCAAAUGCAAGAAAAGAGAUCAUCAUGCAGGCAUUUAGGAAGUUAGAUAAGACUGGAGAUGGUGUUAUAACAAUUGAAGACUUACGUGGGGUAUAUAAUGCAAAACAUCAUCCUAAAUACCAAAACGGAGACUGGACAGAAGAUCAAGUUUUUAGGGCCUUUUUGGAUAAUUUCGAUUCACCUUAUGACAAGGAUGGGAAGGUCACAACAGAAGAAUUCAUGAACUACUAUGCAGGAGUCAGCGCUUCAAUAGACACAGAUGUCUAUUUUAUCGUCAUGAUGAAGAACGCUUGGAAACUCUGAUAAUCUGAUUAAAGGAACAAGACUUUACUUCC